AUGAAGACGAUGAAGCGAUUGAAUGUCGUGGUUGUGAUUGCCGUUGCAGCGACGGUUCUUAUGGGAAUGUUUGGAUCUUCCGAGGCUCAGCUUCAAAUGAAUUUCUACGCAAAAAGCUGUCCAAAAGCAGAGAAAAUCAUUUCAGACCAUAUUCAAAACCAUAUCCAUAACGGUCCUUCUCUUGCAGCUCCUCUCAUCAGAAUGCACUUCCAUGAUUGCUUCGUCAGGGGAUGCGAUGGAUCAGUGUUGAUAAAUUCGACAACAGGGAACGCAGAGAGAGAUGCACCACCGAAUCUAACACUUAGAGGAUUCGGUUUCGUAGAGAGGAUUAAGACUCUUCUUGAAAAAGAGUGUCCCAAGACUGUUUCUUGCGCCGAUAUCAUCGCUUUGACCGCUAGAGACGCAGUUGUUGCCACCGGAGGUCCGUGGUGGAGAGUCCCAACGGGAAGAAGAGACGGUAGGAUCUCAAAUUUGACGGAGGCUUCGAACAACAUUCCGGCGCCGACAAGUAAUUUCACGACGUUGCAGCGACGCUUCGCUAACCAAGGACUUAAUCUCAAAGAUCUUGUCCUGCUCUCUGGGGCUCACACGAUCGGUGUCUCGCAUUGUUCUUCAAUGAACACUCGUCUCUACAACUUCUCCUCGACAGUCAAACAAGAUCCAUCUUUAGACAGCGAAUACGCAGCGACUCUAAAGGCCACCAAAUGUAAGAGCCUCAACGACAACACAACCAUACUCGAGAUGGAUCCCGGUAGCCGCAAAAGCUUCGAUCUCAGUUACUACAGGCUUGUUCUGAAGAGGAGAGGUCUGUUUCAGUCUGAUUCUGCUUUGACGACCAACUCAGCGACGUUGAAGAUGAUCAACGACUUGGUCAACGGUUCUGAAGAGAAGUUUUACAAGGCUUUUGCUAGGUCGAUGGAGAAGAUGGGAAGGGUUAAAGUGAAGACGGGAUCCGCCGGUGUGAUCAGGACACGGUGUUCUGUUGCCGGAAGUUAG